UCCUAUUCUUUGCUUGCAGCUAGAAGAAUGGUUUUGCGACAUGCUUCCAUAUUUGACUAAAGACGCUCCUUUAAUCGGUAGGGCAAUUUUGGAGCUGCAGACUCCUUGAGGUGCAGAACCGACUGCAUCAGUAAUCUCCUGAUUUCUCAUAAACAUGUCGUGCUCCCUACUUGUUUAAUUCUUCUGAAACCUCCCAUCUUCCCAUGUUUCAGGCGACCGAAAACACGAUGCAUGAUUGCAGAUGACGACAAUCAAGGAUCUCUGGACUAACAACGGAUUCACACGCUGGGCUAAGCAGAUUGGCACAAACAGAAUACAGCAGCAACAAUGGAAAGAUGCAGGUGAGACGGAACUAUGGGGUUUAACACCUAGACGAGGACCGUACCAACAAAUUCGCGAUGGAAACGAGGAUACGAGUUACCGGCCCGGUGACAUUACCUUCGAGUAUGGAAACACCGAUGCCAACGAUAUCGACACCAAAUUCCAGCCGCAGAGGUUCAAGCGCUACACGGAAGGAUGGAGAUUUGGUGCCAUCAACUGCGCUAUAUCAGCAUCCAUUGUUUUCCUCAUUAACUUCAUUGUCACCAUCUGGGGGUCCGCGCACAAGAAUGCCAAUAAGGGGGUUUUACUAGAAGGGGACUGCGACAAAGUCCAUCAGGUCAACACAGGAUUGCAUUUCCUAAUUAAUUUGCUGAGUACGAUAUUACUCGGUUCCAGCAACUAUUGCAUGCAAUGCCUUUCUGCACCAACCCGAAGCGAGAUCGAUGCGGCACAUGCGAAAGGGAUCUGGCUGGAUAUCGGUGUGCCUAGUGUGCGGAAUCUAAGGCAUAUCAGUCAGAAAAGGGUGGGCCUGUGGGUAGCACUAGGGAUAUCUUCGCUGCCGUUGCAUUUAUUCUAUAACUCCGCAGUGUUCGGUUCCAUCGUCUCCAACAACUACUAUGCCUUCUCUGUCAGCCAAUCCUUCAUUGACAACCCCGAAUGCCUACAUUGCAAUAAAACCCUUUUUUCAGCGCCAAUUGGAGGCACGAACUUACUACAAACUAUGCACGAAAAAGCGCGAAACGGGACCUUGGACCGCUUCGAACCCGCCGACUGUCUCAACAAAUACGCGCAGAUGAUUCAAAGCUUCCGUCGCAACGUUCUCCUCGUAGCUAGUGACGAAAAUUUCCCUGCUAUAAGCAACACUACCUCUCUCAAUGGCACAAAUGUGUACUCAUACGAUAGAUUCUAUGCGAUGGACGCCCAAGUCCAGGAUGAGGCUUCUGACUCGUACAGGUGGAUGUGCAACAGUAUCCCAUAUUCCCGCAAUACGAAGUGCGGAUCGCUCAUGGCUAAUAUCAAAAAGAGUCCUAGUACGUGGAAGGUUGGAGGAUACCCAGUGCAUUAUUGCCUCAGCGAAAAGGCGCCGCCGGUGUGUAAACUGCAAUUCAGCGUUGGCAUCGCUAUUCUCGUCACCAUUCUCAAUUUUUUAAAAGGAGGAGUUAUUCUCUACACGGUGUUUUACGUAAAUGAAGAGCCGCUUAUGACAAUGGGUGAUGCAGUUGCUUCGUUCAUAGAGAAGACGGAUCCUACGACGAGGAAUAUGUGUAUAUUGACGAUGAAAGACGCGAAAAAGCAUAAGGGGUAUUUUCCCGCCGGGCCGAGAGAGUGGGAUUUAAAGGUGUAUCGCUGGAAAGAUGUGACUAGCAAAACGCGGCGGAUUACGACCUUUACGAUGUACAUCAUUGCUUUAGUCCUAGUCAGCAUCCUCCUAAACCUCGCUAUCCAGGGCCUCCCAGACGACCGCUCCCUCCCCGCCCUCGCGCGUCUCGGCUACGGCGCCGUAGACCCCCGUGCCAUUAUCUCUUGGGAAGUCAGCUCCACAACUGGCAACAUCCUUAUGGCAAACUUGGCCCAACCCAUCCUCUCCUUCCUAUACUUCUCCUACAACGGGCUCUUCACGUGCAUGCUGCUCGGGCUAGAAUGGUCACAAUACGCCCACCAAAGAAAAGGUCUACGAGUAUCUCGAACUCCGAGCGGGGCACAGCGGAGCACAUAUUUCUUGCAACUCCCGUAUCGGUUUGCACUACCGUUGAUGGUGUUAAGCGGCAUUUUACACUGGCUCGUCUCACAAUCCAUAUUCCUCGUAGCUAUCGAUAUCUACGAUUCCGAAGGCAGGCCUGAUACCCUUUUCUCGGACUCUGAUGGCUGGAAGACCUGCGGUUAUAGCCCCAUUGCUAUCAUCUCGGUUCUUAUUUUUGGCAUAUUUAUGGUGGCCGCGGGAGUAGGCUUUGGGUAUUGGAAGUUCAAGCCCGGUAUUCCCCUCGCGGGGAGUUGUAGUGCAGCGAUUAGUGCGGCGUGUCAUAGUGGAGAGUGGGAUGGGGUUGAGGGAGCGAGAGCGGUGUGUGAAAUAGUGCAGUGGGGGGUUGUGGGGAAGGGGGGCGAUGGGGUCGGGCACUGUGCAUUUUCAUCUAAGGAGGUGGAGCGUCCGGAAAUAGGGGCGGUGUAUGCAGGAAGGGGAAUUAGGAAGAGAGGGGAGCAGAAGGUAAGGGACACGGAGUUAUCUUAAUUGGUUGGAUACUCAAAAUUAUAGAAGACAUCGGGAAUAUACUAGUUUCAGUAGGCCUUGGGGCCUUCUGUCGUUGC